CUCGAGGUUAAUUUUUCUGAUAGCUAGCUAGCCCAACGAAGUUACUUUGCGCUGUUUCGGACUGGUGGGGAGAUGGCGGCUGUUCUGCUCCAAGUCUUGGAGCGUACAGAGCUUAAUAAACUCCCUAAAGCUGCUCAAAAUAAACUAGAAAAGUUCCUUACUGACCAGAAAAAUGAAAUCGAAUCCCUCAAAACGCAACACGAGCGGUUCAAAGCGGACUGUGGUAAGUGGUGCACUGGCUAGCUAGCGUUAGUUAGCUAUUUAUGUCAACCAAUAUAACUUUAGUAGCUGGCUGGUUAUAUUUACUAGUUAGCUAAUAGUCUAUGAAGCUGGCCUUGUUUAUAAGCUACCACAACAGUAUAGCCUGAGCUGGCAGUAGUACAGACCCUACUGUAGCUGGUUGAGUGCAAUGCUUGUUUUGCAAGUGCGUUAUAAGUGAAGUGAGUACGCUAACAUUAGCUAGCCAGCUAGCUACAGCUACCUUCUAGGUAGGGGUGACUAAACUGACACUGAUCACGUUUCAUUCAAUGUCCCAUCCUCAAAUUCGUAUACGUUUCUCAUUAAUAUUUCCAGUGUUGCUCAUUCUUGUCUAGAAUACUAGCGUUAGAUACACCAGCUAGCUACAUCAUAUUAUUGCCUCCCAUGUCAAUGUGUUGUACCUACAUUGUAUCGCUAGCCCUUGAUCAUGACUCUGUUCCAUUACAUAAGAUUCAUUCGAUGAAGGCGUCUUCUAUACAGGGAGUUUUGUUACGUUUUGAACAGUAACACGCGUCGCUUGCAGUAUGGUUUUGAAAGCAUAAGGACCUUAUCUUUAAUAUCAGCGAGAAAUAAUCAAAAUAAAGAUUAAAUUGAUACACAGGGUUGGGUUAAUGUUCCCACACGCCGGCCAAUCAAGAGGCGACCACCUUUGCUAUCUAGCAUGAUUCGAACGCCUGUGUGUAAGCUAACUCGAGAAGUGUAGUUUCGUCGGCUGGAGGCACUUUAUGGAUCUGUGCAAAAAUGCUACAGUAAGUGUAUAAGGAUUCUUUCUCGCUGAUGAAAGAUAAGGGCCAUAUGUUUUGAAAGCCAUAUUGCAAGCAAUGAAUAUUUACAUUUCUAAAUGUUAAAACACUGCGUAGAGAUUGUAGUUCACAUGCGGUAGGCAUGGGCGAAGCUAAUGGCUGACAAUUGUAGGGAGAAGGCAGAAUGCCGCCUAUAGUGUUUGAGAGCUAGCCUAUCGCCUGACCAUGUGUGACAUAUCCCCCAUGCCUUACUACACCUACAGAGCAGCAAUACUUUGACGUUGAGAAGAGGUUGGCAGAGAGUCAGGAGCAGAUUGUCUCUCACACCCGGGAUUACCAGACUCUCAAAGAGGAGAAUACCAAACUCAGUAAGUAGUCCGUUGUUUUCCACACUACCAAUGUUGACAUGCCACCUGUCACACAGUCCAAGUCCAGAAGGUUAGAUAAAGGCUAAGUGUUAUAUUCUCUUUCUCUGUAGUCGAAGAGCUGAACAAUCUGAAAGGUGUGGAUGUGGAAUCAUCAGAGGAGAAGGAAUCACAGCAGCCGGUGAGAAUAUGCAUAACUUUCUUUGUCCACAUGACCAUUAUGCAUGCAGAAAGACAACUUUCUCAGCAAACUUCAGGGAAUGGAAGGGCUUGAGCAUUAACAUGUAUCAUAUCUCUAUCUCAGAGCAAAGCCAAAUAUGAGAUUGAGGCCGAAAGGCGGGAACUGGCUCGUCUGCUUGAGAAGAGAACUCAAGAAGUGGAAAAUCUCACCGGUAAGACAUGGACUCGGCACAUGCGAGUUGUUCUCAUUGUAAAUUAUUUGUUUGUCUUACUAACCUGAUAUUGUGCCAUAUGAUAAGUGUGUAUGUUUGUAAGUAAAAGUAUGUUAAUUUGUUUUCCACAGAGGAUGUCAAGCGGUUCAAUGACAAGCUGGUGGAGACCAACACAGCCAAAAUAGAUCUCCAGCUCAAACUGGAUGAGAUUCAGUCCUCUGAGGUCUCUAUUCAGGUGAGUAAAUCCAGAGCCUCAGAUCAUGCUAGCCUUUAACUUUUUAUUAGCUACAUUGCCACCAUAACAAGUUUGUAUUUGAAGCACUUUGAGAAGCAGAUUGAGAUGGGGUGCCUCUGAGAAUGCACCUGUCUGAUCAUCCCUAUGUUGUAUUGAUUACAAUGGUUGCUUAAUGACUUCACACAUUGUAUUUCCAGCACCGUGAGAAACGUAUGGAGCAGGAGAAGGAGCUGCUGCAGAACCAGAACACGUGGCUGAACUCUGAAUUGAAGACCAAGACAGAGGAGUUGCUGUCAGUCUCCAGGGAGAAGGGCAAGGAGAUCCUGGAGCUCAAGUGCAGCCUAGAGGGCAAGAAGGACGAGGUACUGUACCACAAGGCCCACUGGUUUUAUAUAUGCUUGAAUUUUACCAGGCAGUUCUGUAAUUGUAUGAUCUGGUUUAGGAUAGCAGUAUACAAAAGCAAUAGACUUAGAAAAAGUCAAUAUAACUCUUAGCAAUAAUCAUGUGGUGAGCAUUACCUUUCUUUGGUAUGAAUGUUGUGACCAUAUAGAGCAGUCAGUUAUCACCUUACACCCUGUGGCUUCCACCCACUCUCUUCAGGUCACAAGGCUUCAAACCCAAGUCACCAAUCUGAAGAAGAGCAGUGAGAACCUGCAGAAGCGAGUAGAGGACCUGAUGACAAAACUGAAAGAGGUUUGUUGCAAAUUCAACUGAUUUAUAAAUGGGAUUAUUGAUAAGGAACUAUACUGUUAUCAAUGCAUCUUCACUAUAUGUACUGUAGGCUAAAGACCAACAGAGCAACAUGGAGGAGAAGUACCGCAAUGAACUGAAUGCCCACAUCAAGCUCUCCAACUUGUACAAGGUAAUUAUCUGGCUAUUCUUCGAAUGUACUAUGCUGGAGUAUGUAUGAGCACUGUUUUUUAGUAUUCAUGGGUGUGUUUUAGCACUGUUUUGCAUUAUGUACAAUAUUUAGUGUGAACAUUUAGGCAUAUAAGGCAUUCAUAGUAGUACAAUGGUAGCUCGCCAAUGGUCCGUUUUUCUGUGUGGUCUCUUUAGGGGUCAGCGUCAGACGCAGAGUCCAAGAACGAGGAGCUGAACAGGGCCGUGGAGGAGCUGCACAAGCUGGUGAAGGAUGCUGGUGAUGGUGAGAUAGUUACACAAAAUCAGUUCACUCUAGUGUUUCCAAUUCCCAAUGGUUGUUGUGUAAACAUCGAUACAUUAUAUCUAAAUAAUGAUAUCACAUUUAGAAAAGACCCAAAUGUUAUAGGAAAAUGUAACUUUGGUCUGGCUGAAAUCUAAUAGAAAAAUGUUUAAUAUACCGUUUAUAAUUAUGUCAUGGCUCUUCCUUCCAACAGCGAGACAGAACAUGGAGAAGAAGCUGGCAGACAUGGAGGGGUCAAAGGGCAAACAGGAGGCUGACCUGAAGGAGAAGAUCAAGAAGAUGGAGCUGGAGAACGCCAAUCUGCGCGCCUCAGAUAAGAGACGUAUGGGACAAUACUGUUUAUCUGUAUUGUCUGGAAUUUUCCUUUAGCUACAAUCUGGAUCUGUAGACAUUGGACUCCUCAGUCCUUUUUUCACUUGAAAUUGCUUAUUUGAGAAAUUAUCUCAUACUGCAAGACAAGGUGUCUAACUAUGUGUUUAUUUCCUCAGGCAUGCCAGUGCUCACAGAGGAGGAGUUGGACUCCAUGUGUCCGACCGCAGCUGCUGUGGCCAAGAUUGUCAAGCCUGGAAUGAAGUUCAUGGAGGUAAAAUGACCUAUUUUAACAUAUUGUGCUGAAGCAUUGAAAUGAAACAGAUUGAAAGGUCCAAAAGUCUGGAAGAUACCGUGCCUUCAGAAAGUAUUCAUACCUCUUGACUUAUUCCACAUUUUGUUGUGUUCCAGCCUGAAUUCAAAAGGUAUUAAAUAUAUAUUUUUCCUCACCCAUCUACACACAAUUCCCCAUAAUGACAGUGAAAACAUGCUUUUAGAUAUUUUAGCAAAUUUAUUGAAAAUGAAAUACAUAACUCUUAAGUAUUCACACCCCUGAGUCAAUACUUUGUAGAAGCACCAUUGGCGACGAUUACAGCUUUGUCGUCUUGGGUAUAUCUGCAUCAGCUUUGCACAUCUGGAUUUCGGGUUUUCUCCCAUUUCUUCUUUGCAGAUUUUCUCAAGCUCUGUUAAGUUAGAUGGGGAGCGACGGUGAACAGCAAUCUUCAAGUCUUUCCACAGAUUUUCAAUGGGAUUCAAGUCUGGCCUUUGGCUGGACCACUAAAUGACUUUCACAUUCUUGUUCUGAAGCCAUUCCAGGGCUGCUUUGGCUGUAUGCUUGGGGUCAUUGUCCUGUUGGAAAUUAAAUCUUUGCCCCAGUCUAAAGGCGUCCGCAUGCUUCCCAGCCGAAACAGUUUGCAGGAGUUUGUGCAUAUAUUAUGAGGACAUUUUGUGACGUUUUGGACUUUGGCCCAAAAAAAAAAAAUCUGUAGGCAAGCCGAGGUCUACGCCCCUUCGUCAGUGAUUGGUCAACAGUAGGGAUUCUUCAAUAGUCUUUGUUGUUAUUUAACAGGAGACUCGUUUUCAUGCACAUUUCUUCAUUGAGAAAUACUGCAUCAAACAUCUUACGUGUAAAAUUGUGCGACUAAGAUCUCUGCAAAAACGUCAAUUAAUGACAGAUUUCUUGAGUUAUCUUGGAUUAAUUCUAACUUUUGAGGAAGUGUAUACUGGCUAAGGCGUCUCAAAAUGGACAAACAGUACUAUUUAUUUCUCAUUUUUCAAGCGAAGGACUUUUAUGGGAGUAUGCAAGCACACUGGCUAGGCGCCAGCCAACUGAAGUGUGCUGACGCCUUAGUCUUUUGCACUCUGAAGCAGGUUCUCAUCAAGGAUUUGCCUGUAUUUGGCUCCAUUCCUUGUUCCUUCUAUCCUUACCAGUCUCCCAAUCCCUGCCGCUGAAAAGCAUCCCCAUAGCAUGAUGCUGCCACCACCAUGCUUUACGGUAGGGAUGGUGUUAGACCUGUGAUGAGCUGCGCCCUAGUUUUCUCCCUACAUAGUGGUUUGCGAUCAGGCCAAAUAGUUCAAUUUUUGUCUCAUCAGACCACAGAAUCUUUUGCCUUAUGAUUAGUCUUUCACUUGCAUUUUUGCAAACUCCAGGCGUGCUGUCGUGUUUUUUCACGGGAGUGGCUUCCGUCUGGCCACUCUCCCAUAAAGCCCAGAUUGGUGAAGCGCUGUAGAGACUGGUGUCCUUCUGGCAGGUUCUUGCAUCUCAGCCAAGGAACUCUGUAGUUCUGUCUGAGUGGUCAUUGGGUUCUUAGUCAACUCCCUGACCAAGGUCCUUCUUGCCCGGUUGCUCAGUUUGGUCGCAUGACCAGAGUCUAGGUAGUUCCAUAUUUUUUCAAUUUCCAAUGAUGGAGACCACUGUGCUCUUGGAAACUGUGCUCUAUACCCUUGCCCUGAUAUGUCUCAUCACAAUUAUAUCUCUGAGAUCUAUGGACAGUUCCCUGGACUUCAUGGUAUACAGUUUCAUGAUUGUAUUAAGAAUUGUCCACCACCCAAAGGAUAUUUAGCCAACUUGACACCACUGUGGGAAGCAUUUGGUAUUUUAUUAGGAUACCCGUUAGCUGUUGCAAAAGCAGUAGCUACUCUUCCUGGGGUCCAUAUUGGAGUCAACAUGGGCCAGCAUCCCUGUGGAACGCUUUCGACACCUUGUAGAGUCCCUGCCCCGAUGAAUUGAGGCUGUUCUGACGGCAAAAGAGGGUGCAACUCAAUAUUAUGAAGGUGUCCUUAAUGCUUUGUACACUCAGUGUGCAUUAACGUGGGUAAAACAGUAUGUAAACAUUAUUAAAGUGACCAGGGUUCAAUGACUAUGUACACAGGGCAGCAGUCUCUAAGGUGCAGGGUUGAGUACCGGGUGACUAAAGUUCAAGGCAGGGUUAUGGGCGGAAGCCUGCUAGUGGGGACUAUUUAACUGAUGUCCUGUAGAGAGAAGUCUCUUGGUCCCAGCUUUGAUGCACCUGUACCGUCUUUGCCUAGUAGAUUGUAGCAGGGUGAACAGGCCGUGGCUGAGGUCCUUGAUGAUCUUCUUGGCCUUCCUGUGACACCGGGUGCUGUAGAUGUCCUGGAGGGCAGGCAGUGUGCCCCCGCUGAUGCAUUGAGUUGACCGCACCACCCUCUAAAGAGCCCUGCGGUUGUGGACAGGGCAGUUACCGUACCAAGCGGUGAUACAGCCCAACAGGAUGCUCUCAAUUGUGCAUCUGUAGAAGUUUGUGAGGGUCUUUCUUCAGCCUCUUGAGGUUGAUGAGGCGCUGUUGCGCCGCCUUCACCACACUGUCUGUGUGGAUGGACCAUUUCAUGUUGUCAAUGAUGUGCACACCGAGGAACUUAACUUUUCACCCUCUCCAUUGCGGACCCGUCUGUGGAUGGGGGUGUGCUCCCUCUGCUGUCUCCUGAAGUCCACGAUCAGCUCCUUCAUUUUGUUGACUUUGAGGGAGAGGUUAUUUUCCUGGCACCACUCUGCCAAGGCCCUCACUUCCUCCCUGAAGCUGUCUCAUCAUUGUUGGUAAUCAGACCUACCACUGUUGUCGUCUGCAAACUUGAUGAUUGAGUUGGAGACGUGCAUUGCGACACAGUCAUAGGUGAACAGGGAGUACAGGAGGGGGCUGAGCAUGCACCCUUGUGGGGACCCCGUGUAGAGUAUCAGCGUAGCGGAGGUGUUGUUGCCUACCAUCACCUCCUGGGGUCCGACCAUCAGGAAGUCCAGGACCCACAGGGCAGUGUUCAGACACAAGCUUAGUGAAGAGGACCUUGUAGCCGUCCCGGAAGGGUAGUAGUAAUGGUCAAUAAUUAUUGAUGAGAGAGUAGCGCAAGCGAAGUGUUGAUAAAACUUCAGCACUUUCCUCAGAUUUGCUUUAUUAACCCCCUAGAGUUGAUGUCUGUGCCCCUGCGGAAAUCUAAUUAGUAUAAUAAAAAAGCAAGAGAUGUUUUUUAGCAUUGGAUGCAUCUCAAUCCACCGAUGUCGCACUUCCGCAUCUGCAGUGAAAGGGGACAGAACUAGACCAUGAGACAUCCCGAAAAUGGGUUUUCUCACAAUCGUCUGUAGCGUCCAAACUAUUGUGACCCCUCUGUGGAAAGAUGAGACUCUCACAAACACGAUGGCGUUCUCCGUUUUGCACCACGGCCCCCACAAGCGUCUUGGGACUCAUCUGAAGUCGGCACAGCCGAUCUGCCAACUUCUGUCUGUAACGUCCUAACAGUUUGGGGUACACACUAUGACCCUUCUGUGGAAAGGUGAGAGUCUCACAAACACGUACAUGUCAGUUGUUUUUUUCUAGGACGCCCACAGGCCUCACAAGACCCGUCUAAAAGUCCCCCAGUACCAGUUGAAAUGCUUUUCCAGCAGUCUUGAAGGAGUUCCCACAUAUGCUGAGCACUUGUUGGCUGCUUUUCCUUCACUCUGUGGUCCGACUCAUCCCAAACCAUCUCAAUUGGGUUGAGGUCGGGGGAUUGUGGAGGCCAGGUCAUCUGAUGUAGCACUCAUCACUCUCCUUCUUGGUCAAAUAGCCCUUACACAGCCUGGAGGUGUGUUGGGUCAUUGUCCUGUUGAAAAACAAAUGAUAGUCCCACUAAGCCCAAUGCUGUUGUAGCCAUGAAGGUUAAGUGUGCCUUGAAUUCUAAAUAAAUCACAGUGUCACCAGCAAAGCACCCCCACACCAUAACACCACCUGCUCCAUGCUUUACGGUGGGAAAUAAACAUGCAGAGAUCUUCCGUUCACCCACACCACAUCUCAUAAAGACACGGCGGUUGGGAAAAAAAAUAUCAAAUUUGGACUCCAGACCAAAGGACAAAUUUCCACCGGUCUAAUGUUCAUUGCUCGUGUUUCUUGGCCCAAGCAAGUCUCUUAUUAUUAUUGGUGUCCUUUAGUAGUGGUUUUUUUGCAGAAAUUCGACCAUGAAGGCCUGACUCACACAGUCUCCUCUGAACAGUUGAUGUUGAGAUGUUUCUGUUACUUGAACUCUGUGAAGCAUUUAUUUGGGCUGCAAUUUCUGAGGCUGGAAACUCUAAUGAACUUAUCCUCUGCAGCAGAGGUAACUCUGGGUCUUCCAUUCCUGUGGCGGUCCUCAUAAGAGCCAGUUUCAUCAUAGCGCUUUAUGGUUUUUGCGACUGCACUUUUACAUUUUUAGUAAUUUAGCAGACACUCUUAUCCAGAGCGACUUACAGUUAGUGAAGGCAUACAUUUUCAUACUGGCCCCCCGUGGGAAACGAACCCACAACCCUGGCGUUGCAAGUGCCAUGCUCUACCAACUGAGCUACAGGGGACCCACUUGAAGAAACUUUAAAAGUUCUUGAAAUGUUCCGUAUUGACUGGCCUUCAUAUCUGAAAGUAAUGAUGGACUGUCAUUUCUCUUUGCUUAUUUGAGCAGUUCUUGCCAUAAUAUGGAUUUGGUCUUUUACCAAAUAGGGCUAUAUUCUGUAUACCCCCCGUACCUUGUCACAACACAACUGAUUGACUCAAAUGCAUUAAUUCCACAAAUUAACUUUUAACAAGGCACACCUGUUAAUUGAAAUACAUUCCAGGUGACUACCUCCAUGAAGCUGGUUGAGAGAAUGCCAAGAGUGUGCAAAGCUGUCAUCAAGGCAAAGGGUGGCUAUUUGAAGGAUCUCUAAUAUAAACUAUAUUUUGAUUUGUUUAAGACUUUUUUGGUUACUACAUGAUUCCAUAUGUGUUAUUUCAUAGUUUUGAUGUCUUCACUAUUAUUCUACAAUGUAGAAAAUAGUAAAUAUAAAGAAAAACCCUUGAGUGAGUAGGUGUUCUAAAACUUUUGACCGGUGAUGGAGAAUGUUUAGUGCCAAAAAUAAGGGGUUAAAUACAUGUACAAAAAAACAAAUAAUAAUAAUGUUUCUUUCUUAUAUCUCUCAGAUAUAGGACAGACCCUUCAGAACAAACUUAUUUUUGAUAUGUUUUUGGUGGGCACUAUCUGUCUAUCUAUCGGUCCAUGUAGUGAAUCUGUUGUUCAAUGUGUUUGUAUGGGCUAAUAGCAGUAAGGCCCCCCCCCCCCCCCCCCCAAAUAUAUUUUUUUCAAGGGGUCUUCAAAUUUAAAAUCAAAUAGCUAAAUGAUCCUUGGUAUGACCUUCUUAAAACAAUUCCAUAUAGCUUAGUAGAACCCCCCCCCCCCCCCCUCCACGGGCUUAGACAGUGCUUAGACUUGUAUUGGUUAAAGUCCCCUUCUACAAUAAAUGCGGCCUCAGGAUAUGCAGUUUCCAGUUUACACAAAGUUCAGUGUAGUUCCUUGAGAGCCGUUGCGUUGUCGGCUUGAGGGGGAAUAUAUACGGCCGUGACGAUGACCGAAAGAUAAUUCUCUCUGAAGGUUAUUAGGUCGGCAUUUGAUAGUGAGGUAUUCCAUAUCGGGGGAACAAAAGGACUCGAGUUCCUGUACGUUACCACAAUCACACCAUGAGUAGGUAGUCAUGAAACAUACACCGCUGCCCUUUUGCCCGGAUAGUUAUUUCUUCCUGUCCGCGUGAUGUACGGAGAACCCCGCUAGCUGUAUGGACGGGGACAGUAUAUCCGGAGAGCGCCAUGAUGCCGUAAAACAGUUAGUACCUGAUGUUUCUCUGGAAGGAGAUCCUCACCCUGAGCUCAUCUACUUUAUUGUGGGGGGGUACGAACAAAGGAUCCAAUUCAGGAAAUUCAUUUCUGGUCGAAAUGCUGGUGAAUGACUGCCGAUCUAAUAUCCAAAAGUUAUUUUCGUCAGUAGGUAAUAAUGCAAAAAACAUUCUGAGCAAAUAGUGUAAGAAAUAACAAAAAAUACUGCAAAAUUGUCUAGGAGUUAGGAACAGGGCAACCAUGUCUGUCGGCGCCAUCUUGUCUCACAGGUGUGGACUCCAAUGAAGUUGUAGUGACAUCUCAAGGAUAAUCAAAGGAAAUUGGAUGCACCUGACCUCAAUUUGGAGUGUCAUAGCAAAGGGGUGUGAAUACUUACGUAAAUUAGAUUUCUGUAUUUCAUUUUCAAUAUAUUUGCAAACAUUUCUAAAAAAACAUGUUUUCACUUUGUUUAUUAUGGGGUAUUGUCUGUAGAUGAUGGGGGGGGGGAUAAUUUAAUCAAUUUUUAAUUCAAUAACACAACAAAAUGUAGAAUAAGUCAAGGGGUAUGAAUACUUUCUGAAGGCAAAUGUUUAGUCAUGAAUAAUGAGUAAACAUAAUACAAUUAUUAUUUUUUUUUUUAUCCCACUCUCUUAGCUGUACAACGCAUUCGUGGACGUCCAGGACCAGUUGCUCGUAGAGAAGCAGGAGAACCGGCGUGUGACGCGCGUGCUGGAUGAGAUUGUGCAGGAGGUGGAGGAGAAGGCGCCCAUCCUAAAGCGCCAGCGGGAGGAGUAUGAGAGCAUGCAGAGGUCCAUGAACAGCCUCUGUGCCAAACUGGAACAGGCCAGGAUGGUGAGCGGAAGAGGGGGAUGGAGAGAUGGAUUGGAGGGAGAGAGUGGCAAGACAUGAGGAGAGAGGAUCGAUAGGAGGUGGGGGAGAGGAAAAGAGAAACUGACAGGAAGAAGCUGGGUCGUGUUGAAGAUGGGUCGUGUUCAUUAGGCACCAAACAGAAGAAAACGGACAGAAAAAAGGGAGGGACUACUUAGACAUAAGAAAAGCUCAUUUUAGUUUUGAAACGUUUUCCAUUGCAUGAGCAAAAUCCAGAUACAUGAAAUAGAAGAGGGGAGAGGAUACAAAGCUGAAAUAUAGACAUGUCAGUGCUAAUGUCUGAGUUGAGGCUUGGAUUGACCAAUCUCCAUCUCUUGUAAUCUUCAGGAGAUCCACAGACUGCAGAAGGAGACAGACGAGGCCAAAAAGCUCUGCUCCACCCUGGAGAAGGACAGCCAGCACUCUGAGAGACAGCUGGAGGACAUGUCCCAGCAGGUAUACCAUUUAGUGUCUACCAUGACCUUAGUAAUAUAACUUGGUGGCUAUCAAAGUGUCUUGGUUUUCCUUGCCUUAACAAAAUCAAGAGAAGCUCCUCCAGGAUAAAAAAAUAGGAGCCACUGCCCUUAAUAAUUUGCUCUCCUAUCGUUUUUACUCCUUUUCUUCGCCCCCUCUAGGUGCGCGUCCUGCUAGUGGAGCUGGAGGAGGCACGUGGCAACCCGGUGGUCCGCGAGGAGACUAUGAACGUGAGCAGCAGCUCUGAGAUCAUCAACCCGCGCCAGGUUUCCUUCCGCAGUGUGGAGGAGCUGCAGCGGCAGAACCAGAGCAUGCUAGCACGCCUCCGGGAGCUGGGAGAGCAGAUGGAGAGGGAGCAGACUGAUGCCAAGUCUGCACGGUAGGGAACGUUUAUCAACCCCUUGACACUAUACUUCCUCACCCUUAGCCAUACAGUCAAUCAGAUUUCAUUAUUUGCUUAGCGCGUUUUACAAAAUAAUUAUUUCUGAAAACUAACUCUAUUCAUCCUGUCCUGUGUAUAUGUAGUGUGACCCAGCUGGAGCAGCAGCUGGAGAAGGUCCAGAAGGAGCUAGAGAUUAUAAAGGAGCAGAGGAACCAGCAAAAGCAGCUGGCUGACUCCAACGGCCGCCAGAGAGACAUGUACCGCAUCCUGCUGUCCCAGAGCACCGGCUUCAACCUCCCACCACAAGGUGAACCUCUCAGCAACCAUAUAACAACCUAACCCCAACCUACGCCCUGUAAACACUCAUUAACUUAAACCUAACCUCAACCACCGCAGUAUAACCACCCCUCAACCUAACCCUAACCACGACAAUGAUAUGUGCAUUGAGCCUACCUUCACACACAACAAAAAAAGACAUGGACAUGUUUAUUUAUUGGGCCUUUGGAGCUUUAGAUAAAUUAAUUGAUCUUUGAUAUGCUGACAGGAUUAUAAAUGUUCUUAUUCCCAGGUCCUACACAGGAGGCAGCCCCCCAGAUGUACACCCCCAGCCGGCCCUCCUUCCCCCCUCCCACCAGGUCCACCCCCAUGAGGGCUUCAGCCGCUGAGUCUUCCCAGGCCACCAAGGCUGCUCUCAAACAGGUCAGACGCAUACCAGGGAGACUGAGAGGGAGAGGCAGUCGGACAACAUCCAAGUUUACGCUUUAAUUGAUUCUAUGUUAUCAUUUGCUUUACUUACCUCGCGUUGGUCAGCGUGCGGUUUGACUAGGUUACUGUUAUUGCCUGGGGUUGUCCAGCACGCAUGCAAAAUUACUUGUAGAUCAAUCACUGUCAACGCAGUUACAUGCAGUUCGACACUGAAAGAGAGGACGCAUCAUUUGUUACAAAAUAUUCUGUAUUUUGAUAUAAUAACCAUCAUAUCGAAGUUAACUUGGAGUCACGUGAUGAUAUAUGUUUUACUACCACUAUGACGUAGGAAAGCAUUAAGAGUUUAUAGGCAGAUCAAAUAAGUUAUCAUGAACUUCAUGGUGGUGAUGGACGGUGGUGAGCUUCAUGCAAAUUUACUAUAAAAUAUUUAGAAUAUUAUUUGAAUGUUGGUGACAUAUGAUGAUACUCUUGUGGUCCUCUGUAGCUCAGCUGGUAGAGCACGGCGCUUGUAACGCCAAGGUAGUGGGUUCGAUCCCCGGGACCACCCAUACACAAAAAUGUAUGCACGCACGACUGUAAGUCGCUUUGGAUAAAAGCGUCUGCUAAAUGGCAUAUUAUUAUUAUUAUUAUUAUUAUGAUGAUCGAUGGUUGGCUGCCAAUUAUCAGUUUUUAUAUUGCUCUUAUCCAUAUCUCAUCAUAUAACAUACCCUGUCCACUUGUUCAGUGAACUGUCUAGAGAGCGUGCGCCAAAACCAGAUUGAGAAAGUUUGCGAUUUAUUGCAACAGUUUUUGUGACAAAACAAUCUGUAGAGUUGAAAAUGCGAUGGAAACCCAUUUAACUUACACUCAGUGAUCAAAAGGGAACCAUCGCACUCUCACACUGUGGCCAGUUUAUUAGGUACACUACCCCGUUCACAAAAAUGGUUUCCUCCUACAGGCAGUGAGUCAUGUGGCCGUGGCUUGCUAUAUAAAGCAGGCAGACAGGCAUCGAUGCAUUCAGAUACUGUUUGAUUGAACGUUAGAAUGGGCAAAACGAGGACCGAGUUUGGGAAACGCUGAUCUAGGGUUUACUGAGAAUCGUGCGACAAACAAACGUCCAGUCAGCGGCAGUCCUGUGGGCGAAAACAGCUCGUUGAUGAGAGGUCGAAGGAGAAUGGCAAGAAUCGUGCAAGCUAACAGGCGGGCCACACACAGACAAAUAACGGCGCAGUACAACAGUGAUGUGCAGAACGGCAUCUCGGAACGCACAACUCGUCAGUCCUUGUCACGGAUGGGCUAUUGCAGCAGACGACCACACUGGGUUACACUCCUAUCAGCUAAAAACAAGAAGAAGUGGCUCCAGUGGGCACGCGAUCACCAACACUGGACAAUUAAGGAGUGGAAAAACAUUGCCUGGUCCGACGGAUCGCGGUUCCUGUUGCGUCGUGCUGAUGGCAGAGUCAGGAUUUGGCGUAAGCAGCAUGAGUCCAUGGCCCCAUCCUGCCUUAUGUCAACGGUACAGGAUGGUGGCGGUGGUGUAAUGGUAUGGGGAAUGUUUUCCUCGCACAUGUUAGGUCCCUUGAUACCAAUUGAGCAACGUUUGAACGCCACACCUUGUAGAAUCCAUGCCCCGAAGAAUUCAGGCUGUUCUGGAGGCAAAGGGGGUCUGACCCGGUACUAGAUGUAUGCACUCACUAACUGUAAGUCGCUCUGGAUAAGAGCAUCUGCUAAAUGACUAAAAUGUAGAUGGGUGUACCUAAAACUGGCCACUGAGUGUAUAGAAUGUAUUUUAUUGCAUAUAAUUUGUAUGCAGGUUUUUGCAUUUUCACAUGAACAUCUGUCUUCAAUUGUGUGAGCUAGUGACUAAACUUGUAACUUUUUAAGAUGGACUAAACUAAAUAUGUUUAAACUGUGUCCCUUCCAGUUGAACGACUCCUUCACCACGUACAAGAAGGAGAAGGCGGAGAACGACAGGAUGCUGAACCAGCAGAACGACAAGAUACAGGAGCAGCUGUCUGAGGUCCGCUCCCAGAAGGCCAAGCUCUCCACACAGCUGGAGUUCGCCUCCAAGAGGUAAGUUAAUAUAACUUCAACAAAAACCAAGUAGUUGGCUAAUUCCAACGACAAUACUGAUGUGUAUGUCCAGCAUUGCUUUUUUAUACUUCACCUUCAUUUUGACAAUUCUGAGAUAAUAGAUUUUUGUUUCAUUGAUAAUUUUGGCUAUUGAUCAUUUUCGACUUCCGUUUUCGAAAUGCUCUGAACAAACACAUCUCAUACGUCUUUUUGGGGGCAGAAGUGUCCAUCUGCUGAAGGAAAUCAAUCCAUGUUUGGUGUCUCUGUCAGGUAUGAGAUGCUGCAGGAGAACGUAAACGGCUACAGGCGGGAGAUCGCUGCGCUGCACGAGAAGAGCCAGAAGAUGGCCGCCACGGCUCAGAAACACGAGCAGAUCAUCCACACCAUGACCCAGGACCUUCGGGCAGCCAAUGAGAAGCUGGCAUUGGCAGAGGUAAGGAGUCGUAGGUUAGGAGGUUGAAGUUGGCCCAGGUGUUGCUAGUAAAGUUGCGAUGGGGUAGGUACGUUUAUUAAUUUCUCUCCCUUUCUCCCCUCUUCCCUUCUCUCUCCAUUUCCUCUUUCUAUCUCUGUCCCCCCCCCCCCCUCUCUCUCUCUCCAUCAGGUGCGUGGUGAGAACCUGAAGAAGGAGAGCGACAUGCUGAAGUCAGCUGAGUCCAGACUGAAGCAGGAGAAGGAGGCCGUGAUGUCUGAGCAGCGCAACCAGAACCUCCUGCUCACCAACCUCAAGUCCAUCCAGGUACACACACACACACUGCUCUUACAUAUGUCAACCAGUUACACAAACACAUUGCACAAUUGCUGAGGCCCAUACCUUGACAGACUCCUCACAGUGUGCCCCUAGUAAUUGAAAAUGCCUCAAAGGACAAAUCUGUGGUUGGCUUUACCCUCAUGGCUACUGCCAUUAACCCUGUGGGAUAUCACUGCAAAUGCAGCUUUACUAUAGUCCAGUCACACUACUCUGGUGUGGAAAAGAUCUAUGCACACGUCCUGUAUUUUGGUUGAAUGACCAUCACCUCCCUGCCUUACUCUUGUCCCCUAGCUGACGAUGGAGCGUACGGAGACCGAGACCAGGCAGCGUCUGAACAGCCAGAUAGAGAGACUGGAGAGAGAGCUCACCCAGUUUAAGAAGAAACUGGCUGAAGAGGUGGAGCAGAGGCACGCGCUGGGCCGCAACCAAGACGUUCGUAUACACUCAAACUUUCCCUCUUACUUUACUUCCCUUCCUCUUUCUUUCUGAUUUGCUCUGUCUGACGCUGGUUGUCUUUUCUUCUGUCUUCCCCCAACACUUACGUUCUGUCCUCUCUUUUAAUGCCCUGCUCUCCCAAAAAAUACCUAGAGCCCUCAAACUGAACUCUGGAACUCGAAGCCAAUUCCACUGCUUUGUUUCCCUCUAAUCAGGCACUUUAGCUCUACCCACAUGUACAUACAGUUGAAGUCAGAAGUUUACAUACACUUAGGUUGGAGUCAUUAAAACUUGUUUUUCAACCACACAAAUUUCUUGUUAACAAACUAUAGUUUUGGCAAGUUGGUUAGGACAUCUACUUUGUGCAUGACAAGUAAUUUUCCCAACAAUUAUUUACAGACAGAUUAUUUCACUUAUAAUUCACUGUAUCACAAUUCCAGUGGGUCAGAAGUAUACAUACACUAAGUUGACUGUGCCUUUAAACAGCUUGGAAAAUUCCAGAAAAUGAUGUCAAGGCUUUAGAAGCUUCUGAUAGGCUAAUUGAUAUCAUUUGAGUCAAUUGGAGGUGUACCUAUGGAUGUAUUUCAAGGCCUACCUUCAAACUCAGUGCCUCUUUGCUUGACAUCAUGGGAAAAUCAAAAUAAAUCAGCCUCCACAAGACCUCCACAAGUCUGGUUCAUCCUUGGGAGAAAUUUCCAAAUGCCUGAAGGUACCACGUUCAUCUGUACAAACAAUAGUACGCAAGUAUAAACGCCAUGGGACCACGCAGCCGUCAUACCGCUCAGGAAGGAGAUGUGUUCUGUCUCCUAGAGAUGAACAUGAGUGCAACAUUACCUCCUGAGUGGCGCAGUGGUCUAAGGCACUGCUUUGCAGUGCUAACUGUGCCACUAGAGAUCCUGGUUCGAAUCCAGGCUCUGUCGCAGCCGGCCGCGACCGGGAGACUCAUGGACGGCGCACAAUUGGCCCAGCGUCGUCCAGGGUAGGGGAGGGAAUGGCCGGCAGGGAUGUAGCUCAGUUGAUAGAGCAUGGCGUUUGCAACGCCAGGGUUGUGGGUUCGAUUCCCACGGGGGGCCAGUAUAAAAAAUAAAAUAAAAAGUAUUCACUAACUGUAAGUCGCUCUGGAUAAGAGCGUCUGCUAAAUGACUAAAAUGUAAUGUCAAUGUAAACAUACUUUGGUGCGAAAAGUGCAAAUCAAGCCCAGAACAACAGCAGGGCACCUUGUGAAGAUGCUGAAGGAAACAGGUACAAAAGUAUCUAUAUCCACAGUAAAACGAGUCCUAUAUCGACAUAACCUGAAAGGCCGCUCGGCAAGGAAGAAGCCACUGCUCCAAAACCGCCAUUAAAAAAGCCAGACUACGGUUUGCAACUGCACAUGGGGACAGAGAUCGUACUUUUUGGAGAAAUGUCCUCUGGUCGGAUGAAACAAAAAUAGAACUGUUUGCCCAUAAUGACCAUCGUUAUGUUUGGAGGAAAAAGGGGGCUGCUUGCAAGCCGAAGAACACCAUCCCAACCGUGAAGUACGGGGGUGGCAGCAUCAUGCUGUGGGGGUGCUUUGCUGAAGGAGGGACUGGUGCACUGCACAAAAUAGAUGGCAUCAUGAGGAAGGAAAAUUAUGUGGAUAUAUUGAAGCAACAUCUCAUGACGUCAGUCAGGAAGUUGAAGCUUGGUCGCAAAUGGGUCUUCCAAAUGGACAAUGACCCCAAGCAUACUUCCAAAGUUGUGGCAAAAUGGCUUAAGGACAACAAAGGUCAAGGUAUUGGAGUGGCCAUCACAAAGCCCUGACCUCAACCCUAUAGAACAUUUGGGCAGAACUGAAAAAGCAUGUGCGAGCAAGGAGGCCUACAAACCUGACUCAGUUACACUAGCUCUGUCAGGAGGAAUGGGCCAAAAUUCACCCAACUUAUUGUGGGAAGCUUGUGGAAGGCACCCAAAAUAUUUGACCCAAGUUAAACAAUUUAAAGGCGAUGCUACCAAAUACUAAUUGAGUGUAUGUAAACUUCUAACCCACUGGGAAUGUGUUGAAAGAAAUGAAAGCUGAAAGAAAUAAUUCUCUCUAUUAUUCUGACAUUUCACAUUUUUUAAAAUAAAGUGGUGAUCCUAACUGACCUAAGACAGGGAUUUCUUUACUAGGAUUAAAUGUCAGGAAUUGUGAAAAACUGAGUUUAAAUGUAUUUGGCCAAGGUGUAUGUUAACUUCCGACUUCAACUGUAUUACCUCGACUAACCUGUGCCCCCGCACAUUGACUCUGUACCGGUACCCCCUGUUUAUAGCCUCGCUACUGUUAUUUUACUGCUGCCCUUUAAUUAUUUGUACUAUUUAAAAAAAUAAAAAUAAUGUUUAUUUAAACGUAUAUAUUUUUUACUUAACACUUAUUAUUCUUAAAACUAAACUGCAUUGUUGGUUAAGGGCUUGUAAGUAAGCAUUUCACUGUAAAGUCUACACCUGUUGUAUUCGGCGCAUGUGACAAAUAACAUUUGAUUUGAUUUAGACCUGGGAUACCAGGUGUGUGUAAUUAAUGAUCAGGUAGAACAGAAAACCAGCAGGCUCCAGACCUCGUAGGGUAAGAGUUGAAUACCCCUGACCUAGAGAAUAUUAGACCUUCAGUGGCUUUUACCAUAUCAUCACUUAAGCCUUCCGCAUGCUUCUGUUCAGCUGGAUGAGUGGAUACUCCCGUUAAAGACCUUCACUUUAAAAAAUGAGAGAAGCGGCAAUAGUACUGUUUGUCUGCCUUUUAGAUGCCGUAGCCAGUAUACACUUCGUCAAAAUAUUUAGAAUUCAUCGAAGAUAACUGUCAUUCAUUUUGACGUUUUUGCCAAGGAGAUCUUAGUCAUUCAAUUUUACAUCUAACUAAGAUGUUUGGUGCAAAAAGUGAAGAAAUGUGCAUUAAAACGAUUAGUCUCUCGUUGAAUGUACUUCAUUGAAGAAUCCCUACUGUUGACCAAUCACUGACAAAGGGGCGUAGACUUCGGCUUCCGAAUAGACCAAAAACUUAAUAUGUUGUCUUAUGCACUAACUGUUUCGGAUGGGAAGCAUGCAGACACUUUUAGGCCCCCUCUCCUUCCUCCACCAAUUUUUAUUUUAAUACACUCCCUCAGGCUCAACUGCUGGAGGCCAAGAAGCAGCUGGAGGCCCAGUGUGCCCUGCACCAGAAGACCAAGGAGCUGUUGAAGAAUGCUGAGCAACAGGCUAACCUACUGAGACAGCAGCUCAGCCAUGCUGAGAGCCAGAACCAGGGUUCAGGUUUAGGCCAGGGCCAGACCAACCCCCGGGCACCCAUUAGAGCACCACUAAGAGGUAGGCUUUCAUCCAAAGUGGCAGUACGGAUGUCCUCUGGGAAUUUGACAGGAGACGUUGCAAUGUAUUGCGUAAAAGCAUUGGAAAUGGUGGCAUUGGACCAGAACUGUUGGCAUAUUUUGGAAAACACUAAAUUCCAGUCACUAUCUGUUUGUGCUGUGUUUUUAGCUCCAUCUCAGACCCUAGCUCAGUCUCAGGCCCAGUCCCAGGCUUCCCAGCAGUCCCAGGCUUCCCAGCAGGCCCAGUCCCAGGCUUCCCAGGAGGCCCAGGCCAAACUCCAGGCAGAACUAGAGGAGGUGCGCGGGCGUCUGCAGCAGGCCGAGAAGCUGAUCAGUGAUCUGCAGGAGCGCCUGCAGAACGCCAGCACCAAUGUGGAGCAGUACCGCACCAUGGUGCUCAGUCUGGAGGAGUCCCUCAGCAAGGAGAAACAGGUACAAGUGUUGAGAAUUAGCACAAGAAAAGGGUACAAGUACUUAUUAUCCUACAAUGACUUAUCAAUCUUCCAUCCUUGUAGUAAUUGGCGCUACCAGCGGAGUUCAAACUCACUUUGAACCCCAAUUUGAUGUAACUUCUUUGAUGCCUAACUUCCCCUCUGUCUCUCUGUCUGUACCUCUCAGGCUCGUUCUCCUGUGGAGACUCGUCUGAAGGAGGCUCAGGAGUUCCAGCGUGGGCUGGAGAAGAAGCUGGUGGAGGCUGAGAAGGAGAAACAGGAGCUCCGUGAGGAGAAGAGGAAGGCCGUGGACAUUGUGGAGAAACAGGUAAGAUGGCCAUUGAACCAAAUACUUCUACAAAGCAUCAUGAGCCACAGCUGUGGCUAAAUGUAGCAAUGUAUUGACUCCUCUUAAAGUUGGAUGCCUGGAGCUGACAUGUUAGUCCUGGGGCCAACAAGGCUCUCCUCUGUCAUCCUCCACUCAUGCCCUCUCCUUCUUUCCCAGAUGAAUGAGCUGAAGAGGACCAUGAAGAACAUGCAAUCAGAGCUGCAGGAGGCGGAGGAGAGGAAGGCUGCAGCUGUCACCCAGGAACAGAAGGCCAUGCAGGAAAGCCUGCAGCAGGUAGACCUCCAGUUAAUGCCAGGCUACAUGUUCUCAGUGAAAAAGUUGAUAAUUAAGGGGCAAGUUGCCCUAGAUGUUGCUUGCUUCAGGUCCUUUGUGCUUCACCUGUAAUUAAAAACUAGGUGAAACACUAGAAAGUAUGACUCUGAGAACAAGAUGAAGACUAUUGGCAUAACAGUGUCUAGGCAUGGAUUUGUCAAACUCAACUCUAUUUUUCUCCCCUCACAGGGCAAGCUGGCAGUGGAGGCCCAGAACAAGUACGAGAGGGAGUUGAUGCUGCAUGCGGCCGAUGUGGAGGCGCUGCAGGCGGUCAAGAGACAAGGCCUGCAGGGGAACCAGAGCAGGAAGCAGCUGGAGGACAAGGCCAAACAGACCACCACCCAGCUACAGGAGGCUCGCACCAACUGGAACCAGCUGGAGAAGAAACUCAAGGUUGGUGGUUGGUUGGGGUGAAUGUGGCCUAAGGAUUGGAAGAGAUGACAAAGCUAGGUGGAGGUGUGGUGUGACGUGUGAACAUUGUUGUAAGAGUAAUGCAGGUCUUUUUAUCAGACAAUGUGGUAAAGAUAUAUUAGAUUUGGUCAGGAUGUAGCAGGUUACUGAAACUGAAUAUUGUCAAGUUUCAUGGUUCCAUCAGUUGCUUGCUGGUGAUGAGUUGGACACACCGUUCUUCACACCCCAGCUUCCAAGGCCUUACUUGACUGAUUAUUAUCCUCUACCCUCUCCCCCCAGGAGGACCUGUCCAAGCAGCAGAAGCGGGCAGACGAGCUGCAGAAGCAGAAUGGCCUGCUGCACCAGCAGAUGGAGAGCCUGGGAGCCAAAAUGGCUGCCACAGUACAGCUACAGCAACAGUCCAAUAGGGGGAGCAGCCUCAACCUGUCCUUCAGCGAGGAGGGCAAGUCCCAGGAACAGAUCCUGGAGAUCCUCAGGUAGUACAAAGGGAUAUGACUUUGCUUACUGUGCCAAUUAUUUUAUAGAUACCUGUAUUGCUGACCUGCAAAAUAUCCAUUUAGUAUAACACCUCUACUAAAUCUGCGGUCACCUGAAUUUCCUGAUUGUAAAACUAAGAUCACACUAAUACAUUUUUACACUAGGGAACGGUUACCCAGACCAGAUUAAGCCUAGUUCUAGACAAAAAAAGCACCAUUCUACCUUAAGCAUGCUUUUAAGUCCAAGACUGGGCUUAAUCUGUGUCUGGAAAACUGAGCCUACAAGAACUGAUGGAGAUCCACUAAAGCUGUUCCUAACCAGUACUUUAGUGAAUAAGCAGUUUGUUAAGCCUGCUCUGACCUGUUGUCUUUCCCUCCUGCAGGUUUGUGCGUCGCGAGAAGGAGAUUGUGGAGACACAGUUUGAGGUGGCCGAGGUUGAGACACUGCGCUACAAACAGCAAGUUGAACACCAGGACCGAGAGCUGAAGGAACUACAAGAGAGCCUCAAUGCUGAGAGAGAGAAACUACAGGUAGAACUAGAAAGUUCUUAACCUUUCAGAGCAUCCUUUCCUGUGUUAUAGCCUGCCAAGGGUUCAUAUAUCUACUGUCUGCCCCCCAGCUGACAGCGAAGACUAUGGCCCAGCACGAUGAGAAGAUGAAGAGGAUGGAGAACAUGAACAUGCUGGUGGAGACCAACAAGAUGCUGAAGGAGGAGAGGGAGAGGCUGGAGCAGGAGCUGCACCAGACCCAGGCUAAAGUAAGAACUCUAUUGAGUGUAGGGGAAACGGGACGGAAUAACAGAUUCCAGACAUUAAAACGGAAUGUAUGGAACUUAUUAGGAAAUCAACUAAAUGUUUUGAACUUGUUAGAAAAUGCAUUAAUUUGCUACUUUCUGAAACAACACACGAAUGCCCCUGUGUGUGUGCGGUGCGCGCGUAUGUACACACUUUGUGUAGCCGUUAGCGAUUAUGCUAAUGCUGACCGUAAACACGUAGAUGGAAAAUCUUUCCCAAAAACCUCAAUUAAAUGUUAACUACAAAGUAGCCUAUGCCUACCUGGCAGAAUGAAAUCAUGAAUAUUUGCAUCAAUCCAGUAGUCAUUUGUUUAGCAAACUCUGCAAUCACAUGAGUGCUACAGAAACACUGCUUACCAUACAAUGGUCUCUUCUUGGUGCAUGAUUUGGAGAGCGAAAACUUGAAAAAAAAAUGGAGAAAAAACUAACAGAAUCAGGCUAAAACAUUUAUGAAUUUUAUAAGGCCCUAUGUGUGUUAAAAGCGUCACUAUUAAUAAUUGGUACUAGCUACAUGAUUUAUUUCUAAAGAUGUUUGUCAGCUGCAGCAAUACUCUUAAAUGUUUAGGAGGCAUCUUAAUGUUGAAUUCUGAGCCAGUCUGUUGCCUAUUGGCCACAUCCCCUGUAUGAUGAGACUGAAUAUGUGACAUUUUUAAUAUUUCUGUAGAACUCCGUUGCUUUGAUGCUAUACACCAAUAACCCUGGUCUCUAUACACAUACUGCCAGUGCUCUUUUCCUCAUGUGAAUUACCACUACCUCCUUUCUCUUUCUGUCUCUCCCAGGUGCGUAAGCUGGAGACAGACAUCACUCCCCUGCAGGACUCCACCUCUGAGCUGAGUGAGAAGAAUGGCAUGCUGCAGGCUGAGAAGAAACUGUUGGAGGAGGACAUCAAACGCUGGAAGGCCCGCACACAGGUCAGAGGUCAACUUCAGUGUGUGUGUGUGUGUGAGAGCGAGAGAUAGAUAAUGUACGUGUGUGUGAUAAUGUAUGGUUAUGGGUGCGUUCGUAAAUUCACUUUGGCGAUCUACUCCGAUUUCAGAGCACUCAUCUGAGUGUGCCAUAAUAACGGAUUAAUUUACAAACCCGUUGAAUAUGGCCGGUGUCAGUAAACGUCGGCAAAAAAGCGUAAUUUAAUCGUUGCCAGCAGCGCAGUUAGUCACCAAUGAUCUGGAUAACAUGAAAACAGCCUAACCAGCUCUGCUAGGGCGAGUAAAAUGGUCAGCGUGAGGUGUUCUCUCAUUUGUGUCUGGAAGUAGCUAGCAAGCUAGCCAACGUUAGCCAGUUAGCUUGGGUGCUUGACUGCUGUUGUGAGGUCAGAACGCUCGGAUCAACCCUACUCCUCGGCCAGAGCGUCCAGUGUGCGCUCUGAACACUCCAAGUGCGAAACGCUCUGAAUUUACGAACGGACCAUCUGACAACGCUCUGAAUUUGCGAACUCCCAGAGCGCACUCUGGCACUCCAGAGUGAAUUUGUGAACACACUGUGUGUGUGUGUGUGUGUUUGUGUCCCUCAGCAACUGGUGAGCCAGCAGAAGGACACAGACCAGGAGGAGAACAAGAAGCUGCACUCGGAGAGAGAGGCCCACCUCAAACGCAUCCAGCAGCUCUCUGAGGAGACUGGGAGACUCAAGGCUGAGGUGGCCAGGUCAGUACACGCACACACACCUUACUCGAAAUAUACUCAUCACAAUUUCUAUGCUAUUCUUUAUUUUAAUUUAUAUAAAAAAGGCAAAAACCUACACUUAUCAAAAUUACUAUACCUACCAAUUUCCUAUCCUAUAUUAUUUGGUCUCAUCUUGUCUUACUAUUACUACUACAAAUACAUGGGAGAUCAGAGAAGCCCCAUCUCUGCAACCUCAACACACCCCCCCCGAAAUGGCUUCUAGUUUCUUCAUCAGAAAAUAUCCACUGGUCACCUGAGCUCACACGCUACUCAUAGAACUCCCUCGUCACUCUCCUGUAAACUCCACCUUGCACCUCAUCUCCAUGUGCUUGUGGAACAGACAUUGUUUCUCCUGCUCAGGCAGGUUUUGGUAGCGGAAGCUGGUUUAGGGACCGGGACUUUUUUAAUUGUGAUAUCAUCAUUUUAAAAUGUAAGUGUAUUCUUUUGAAUAGAAUCACCAUGGUAAAGAAAUAAAAAUGGAUUUCAAAUCAACACUGUUGCCCCCCCCUCAACCAAACAUUCGAACUUUAAAUAUUCCACCAACUUUGCUUUGCUUGAUUUAUUUGUAUGAUUCAGAAUUGCCAUGACAAUAAAAGAGUGGAAUUUAUGGAUGUACUCUGUGUGGAUCAUAUAAAAUCAGUUUCACAUUCAACCUGGCAGAGUUAAAUCAAUAAAUCUAUGCCAUUUAGCAGACGCUUUUAUCCAAAGCGACUUAGUCAUGCGUGCAUAACAUUUUCAUAUAGGUGGUCCUAGUGGGAAUCGAACCCACACUCCUGGCAUUGCAAGAGCAGUGAUCUACUAACUGAGCCACAGAAGAGUUGAAAUUCACUUUAACACAGAAAUGCACCAAUCACCCAGGGGUGUAAUCAUUUCUUCCAAACAGUUUUGCAACUAAAACGAGAGUAUCUAUUGAACAAAUUCAGGUAUGUCCCUGCCCGUUCCGUUCGCUUCCGUUUUUUAAGAAACGUUUUGCAACAAAAUCAGCGUAAUGAAUACCCCCCUGAUAUGUUGUGACAUGAAAUUUGCCACUCACUCUGAUUCUAUGCAGCAUUGUAGAAUUAUAAAACACACAUGGACACUUGCAUACACACACACACACCAGGGUUGGGGACAAUUCAUUUCCAAUUCAAUAAAUUCAGAAACUGAAUCAAAAUGUAAUACUACAGUAUGCUCAACUCAAAUAUAAACUGUACAAGAGAUUUGUGUCCAAAAUAUUUUUAUUCAUUAUGGUCUAAUCCACAUUUCUUUACACUUGACUCUGUACAUACUCCUGUCCUCCAUAGGACCCAUGCGUCAGUGACCACAGUCCAGAGCCAGGUGCAGAACCUGAGGGAGACUCUGGGCAAGGUGACCACCGAGAGGGAUGUGACCAAGAAGGAGCUGGACGCCAAGAACCUGGACAUCCAGGAGAAGUCCAAGACCAUCACGCAGGUCAAGAAGAUCGGCCGCCGUUACAAGACCCAGUAUGAGGAGCUCAAAGUGCAGCACGACAAGGUGUGUGUGAGGGUGUGGUGGGGGGUUGUGUGUGUAUAUUUGCUGGUCAUGCAUGUUUAAAGUUGUUUUAAGCUGUACCUGCACAUGUUUGCACCUACAGCUACAGUGACAGGGCCAGUCAAACUUUUACUGACUGACUGUUAAUUCUGUUCCAUUCUAACACUCUGCUCCUCUCCCCCCUCUUCUGUCCCCUUUGGUAGCUGGUGGCGGAGGCAGCAGCCAAGCCAGCCCAGGAGGAGAUGCAGCAGGCCCAGCAGCAGGCCCAGCAGCAGGCCCAGGAGAUCCAGAGCCUGAAGGACUCCCUCAGCCAGGCUGAGACCAAGGUCAAAGACCUGGAGGGACAACUGAAAAACGUACAGGAGGUAGGUGUACUGCAUGUGUAUGGAGCUAGUGCUGUAGAUGCUUAGCAUAAGUAGACCUUUAGAAAAGCAGUUUUGUGCAGAUGGGUAUUGGCACCUUGUCAGUAUCAUAAACCAGAUUUCCAUCCUACCAUUUCAUGCGGCUGAAGUACCUGAUGCAUAAAAAAAAAGUCCCGACAGGGCUUAUGGAAACAAGAAAUGUCGGUACAAUUUCAUAAAUGUCGAAAGACAAUUUGUUUGUUCGACAUGGUGGGAUCUUUUUGUCUGUAUAAAUAAUUAUGCGUGAAAUGGCGGUGGAAACGCCUUUAUGCGCAAAUAUUAACAUAACCAUCAUAUAAUAAUAAUAAAUAAUAAUAUGCCAUUUAGCAGACGCUUUUAUCCAAAGCGACUUACAGUCAUGCGUGCAUACAUUUUUGUGUAUGGGUGGUCCCGGGGAUCGAACCCACUACCUUGGCGUUACAAGCGCCGUGCUCUACCAGCUGAGCUACAGAGGACCAUAUCGAAGUGAACUUGGAGCAAAUAAUAUGGGCCUACCACGAUGACGUGGAAAGCAUGAAAAGUUUAUAGACAGAUGAAAUAAGUUAUGAUGAACUUCAACUGGUGGUGAAGUGCACGGUGAUCAUGCACAUUUCCAAUAUGCUAAAUAUUGAGGGUAGGCUGUUAUUUGAACGCUGGUGACAUGAUGAUCGGUGCUUGGCUGCCAAUUUAUCAAUUAAGAUCUUGCUCUUAUCCAUAAUCUCAUAAUAUAACCCCCUGUCCACUAUCAGUGAAGUCUUGUCUAGAGGGCAUGCGCCGAAACCAGACUGCAAGUUUGCUAUUUAUCGCAACAGUUUUUGACAAAACCAUCGACCGAAAAAUACAUGUUUAUGUACACUACCUCAUCACGCACAGCCUUUUAUCACCAACAAGGCAGUUUGAUGGAAACUCACUGCUGGUGGGAAAAUCUGGUGCAGAUUGUUUUUAUGCAGAUUUUUUUAUAUUCGCCUGAAAAUCUGUCACCAUUUGGAUGGAAACCUAGCUAUUGAUUAGAAAUUAUUAACCUUUGAUUGUAUUUGAAUUUCAACAAAUGAGGUAGUUUUUCCAGAGAAGAGGCAUGAUUGUUUUGACAGAGAAUACGUUGCCUUUCUUCCUUGUCCACCCAUGAUCCUUUUCCCUGGUUCUGGAGGACCUAUCUAUUCCCUUUCCUGUACUUCCUUCACCAUACAUCUUUACAAAACCCCUCAAACCAUUGACCCCCAAACCUCUCUAAUGAUAGCAGGAGACACAUUUCCGUCUCGUAUGGAUUAAUAUAGUAUUCUUCUCCCCCCACCCCCCCCAUAAAAAAAUAAAAAAAAUAAGUGGUUGUCCCACUGGCUAUCAUAAGUUGAAUGCACCAAUUUGUAAGUCGCUCUGGAUAAGAGCGUCUGCUAAAUGAUGUAAAUGUAAAAUCACCCUGUCAGACAGUGAGUGAGCGCGACACAGAGAUGGGGCGUCUGAGACAGGAGCUGACCCGUCUCCAGGAACAAUCUACCCAGGCCCAGGGGACCCAGAGUGAAGUGACCCGGCUGAAACAGGAGUUGACCCGCCUUCAGGAACAGUCUACCCAGGCCCAGGGGACCCAGAGUGAAGUGACCCGGCUGAAACAGGAGCUGACCCGCCUCCAGGAACAGUCUACCCAGGCCCAGGGGACCCAGAGUGAAGUGACCCGGCUGAAACAGGAGUUGACCCGCCUUCAGGAACAGUCUACCCAGGCCCAGGGGACCCAGAGUGAAGUGACCCGGCUGAAACAGGAGCUGACCCGCCUCCAGGAACAGUCUACCCAGGCCCAGGGGACCCAGAGUGAAGUGACCCGGCUGAAACAGGAGCUGACCCGCCUCCAGGAACAGUCUACCCAGGCCCAGGGGACCCAGAGUGAAGUGAUCCGGCUGAAACAGGAGCUGACCCGCCUCCAGGAACAGUCUACCCAGGCCCAGGGGACCCAGAGUGAAGUGACCCGGCUGAGACAGGAGCUGCAGGAGAAAACUGCUCAGGAGGAGUCACUACGGCAACAGAUGGCCGACAAGGAGGAGAAGACCAAGAAGGUCUUCAUGGGCGCCAAGCAGAAGAUCAACCAGCUCAACAGUAAGUCCCAUAGCUAGCUGUUUAUGUUUAUUUAUGCACAUCAUAUAGUGGUAGUAAUAAACUAUUUUGGCACAUUUGUCCAUUUAUGCAAUGCUAUGACUAUAUAAGGCAUUCAUUAGUGUCAGUCUCCUCAAACAUGGCCAUCUGUGUGUGAAUGUGUGUUAAUGUCUCAUGUUUUUGUAGCCCAGAUUUUAAAGGAAUGAUUUAAGUGAUAUGAGAACUAUCUGGGGUUUGUACUCAUCAUGGAUUCAAAUGAAGUAUUCUGUGUGUGUGUCCCAGUUGCGAAGGAGCAGCUGGCCAAGGAGGUGGAGGAGCUGAAGCAGCAGCGGGAGGAGCAGGAGGUGCGUCUGAGUGCUCUCAAGUCCCAGUAUGAGGGCCGUCUGCACCGACAGGACCGAGAGAUCAGGGAGCUCAGAGACCACCGUGACGAACAACCUCAGAGAGACGAGUCCCAGGACCAGGGUAAAAAUAAGGUACAUGCGCGCACACACACACUCAAGCACUUUUUCCCAUAGAUCAAAGACCAGAGAGGGAGUACAGUACACUGGAUUUGGGAUAAAUUACAUUUAAAUUCAGUCGAUCCAGGAGAUUAAUUGAAAUUCCAAUUCAAUGAUUUGUGAUGGACACUUCCUCCUUUCUUCUUCCAGAGCCAGGAGCAGCAGCAGAGAGCUCCAGAACAGAGGCAGAUCAGCCAAAGGACUACCCAAGCUGCAGACAGGGGAAGGUAUAACUAUGUCUGAAUCAUGCACACUGAAAAUAAAUACUGGUUUGAAAUCAAAGUAACUGAUGGUUCCUCGUCCUGGGACUCUUAACACCAUUUCUGUCUUGUUUUUCCCGUUUCUUACCAAACAGUGGUUCUUCUGGCUCUUCAGAGCAGCCCCCCACUGCCAACAUUAAACCCACCACGGUAUCAGGCGGUGCCCCCAGUAAACCUUCUCCCAUCCCCGGGAACAAGUCCACCCCCAGGGCCAGCAUCCGACCCAUGGUGCCCAUAACCAUGCCCACCCCCACGGCCACUGUCAUGCCCCAUACACAGUCUGACAGCCAGGAAGGUGAGAGAAGUGGCUCUGUAUUAUAGGAUCGGCAUAAGAUAGGAUACUGUCCCCCAGGGCAGCAAUAGAUAGGAUACUGUCCCCCAGGGCAGCAAUAGAUAGGAUACUGUCCCCCAGGGCAGCAAUAGAUAGGAUACUGUCCCCCAGGGCAGCAAUAGAUAGGAUACUGUCCCCCAGGGCAGCAAUAGAUAGGAUACUGUCCCCCAGGGCAGCAAUAGAUAGGAUACUGUCCCCCAGGGCAGCAAUAGAUAGGAUACUGUCCCCCAGGGCAGCAAUAGAUAGGAUACUGUCCCCCAGGGCAGCAAUAGAUAGGAUACUGUCCCCCAGGGCAGCAAUAGAUGGUAUACUUUUGACCUGACCUUUUAACCCUGUGUGUGUGUUAACCCCUGCAGCGCUGCAGUCCUCUGAGGGUGGAACCCCCGUGGAACACGUGUCUGUGUUUGGCAGCACCAGCGGCUCGGUCCGCUCCACCAGCCCUAGCGUCCAGAACAUCACGCACACUCAGUUUCAGCCAAUCAGCAGCCAGGCCACCGCCUUUGUCCAGCCCACCCAGCAACAGCAGGCCCCGCCCAUCGCCGAGCCGGCCAGUCAGGAGGCAGAGGCGGGCCCUAGUGGUCAGGUGGAGAGGCCCUCCACGUCUACGGCCGUAUUUGGCUCCGGUAUGGCCACAGGGUGCUCUGCGGGGCCAAAGCGUGCCCGCGAGGUGGAGCAGGAACCUCGGGCAGAGAGCGCCGACACGGCCCUGGAGGACCCAGACGAAACACCCAUCCCGAAGAAGCUCCGUAUCAUCCAGAGAGUGGGCCUGGAGGAGGAGAGUGAAGAGGGCACUGAUGGAGAAGCUGAGGGGUCAGGGGAGAACCAGAAGACUCCAGAUGGCAGCCAGGUAAACCUUAAGACAUAAGAGGGUGUUCUCGCACAGGCCCUGUAUGUGUAAGGGUGCAUGUAUUCAUCAUCAUAUGAGUCUCGUUGCAUAACCCUAUCUAACUGUGUGUGGGGUAGGAGCUACCAGACGUGUCCUUUCCUGUAUUGGGCGAGGUGGAGGAAGAGGACGACGGGGUGUCCCAGUCUGUCCCCUCAGACCACCAGGUGACCCCCCAGCCCUCUGACACCCAGGACUCCAGCGAGGAGCGCCAGCCUGACGUCAUCAUCAUCGAUACGGACAGCUCCAGUCGAGACGAAGAGGAGGAGGAGGAGGAGGUAGAGCAGGUGAGGGUUUCAGUAUAUGUUGAAGUCAAAAUGUAUUCAGUGUUUAUUGAAUGUUUGCUGAAUCUGAUCUGUUGAUCUCUAUUUAGGUGUUUAAUUUUAAGAAAUGAUCUUUCAGCAUUUCACGCUAGAUUAUUUUAUCUCUGUAAAAGCACUUUGUGACAACUGCUAAUGUAUACCAUCUUUAUGUGCAUUUGAUUAUUCAAGCAAUAGUUUUUUUCUCCCCAGUAUGAGGAAGAGGUGGAGGAAGAGAAGGAUGAUGAAGAUGAUGACCAGGGGAUGGGAAGAGAGGAGAGCAACGAGGCGAGUGGAGACGCUAACGAGCCGAACGAAGGAGAAGGAGACGAGACGGGCCCUGAGACCUCGGAGCCUGCCUCGGAGAACGAGGAGAGCAUGGGUGCUAUAGACUCCACCUCCCAGAAACAGGCUGACUCACAGAGCGGUGAGAGAGCGAGAGACUGUUUUGUACGCCAUUUGUAUUAAGAAAUCCCUUAGUUGGCAUUUGAAACACUGACGACUGAGGUAGUAUUGUCUGACAAUUGAGGAACUUCCUAAUAUGGAUGUCGUAUUUUGGAAGUAAAAUUAAUGCGGUAAAUAACAUUAAAACGGAUAGUAUAGAAGUGAGUACAAACUUCAGGCAGAUGUGACUUUGCGCCUGCCGUAUCAUAGUCUGAGACAUUAACCCUUUCCUCUGCUUCCAGGUGGUGGGAGCAGCAGCACCACAGAGUCCUUCCCCUUGGCCAUGUCUGAUCCCCCCAGAGAACUGCUACAGCCUUCCCCUAGUACUACCACCACCUUCUCCUUCUCUACCUCCCCCUUCUCCCCCUCCACCACCCCCAGCCUCAGCCUGGACCCCCGUCAGGUCCCCCUGCGCCUGCCCCAGUCCGUCCCACGCCGACCCCCACACCCCCUGCCCCCACGCCUCUACAUCCAGCCGCCCGGCCCUGAGCUGGGCCUGGGACCUCCACCCACACAGGUCAGGACCUGAUCCAGACACAUGCAUGCUUUCAGACGUAAAUACAGAUAUUCAGAUGUAACUUGUACUAACGUACUCCUGGGUUCAAUUAUACAAUCCUCACUAUGUACUCUGAGUCAGCUGUGCAAAAAGAGUAUAGUUUAACGCCCUUGUGGUUGUUUGUCCCACAGAGGCUGUCUGCACCAAUCCGCCGGCAGUCUGUAGGCAGAGGACCCCAGCUCACCCCUGGGAUAGGCAACAUGGUAAGGGAGGAAGUGCCUGUGUGCUGUAUGUUUAGACAUGGUUUCCCGGACACAGAUUAGUGUUACCAAGCUUAUUCCUGUACUAAAGGCUUCUUGGUCUAGGCAUAAUUUGGGUCCAGGAGUAUUUCAAUGACCAUGUAACCUAACCAAGUCAUGUCUUGCACAGUUUCAUAGUUCUCUCUCCUCUCUCACCAUCUCUGUUCUCCAUCCCUUAGCAACACUUCUUUGAUGACGAUGACAGGAUGGUCCCCAGUACGCCCACGCUGGUGGUGCCCCACCGGACGGAUGGCUUCGCUGAGGCCAUCCAGUACGUCUCUCACACACACACACACAAACUUGUAUGGACCCUUAAAUGAAUGUUGUGAUGUGGUAUUGAUUGACUGGACCCAGUCUCUUGUGUCCAUUGGCCAUUGGUUUUUCAUUGAUAUUAUUAUCGGUGUCUGUCCCAUGUCCGUCUGUCUCUCAGUUCUCCCCAGGUAGCAGGAGUUCCCAGGUUCAGGUUUGGUCCUCCUGAAGACAUGCCUCAGGCCAGCUCGUCCCACUCUGACCUCGGACAGCUCGCCUCACAAGGAGGUACAACACAAACACCAAGUAGCACUGAGCGAAUGCGGUUCUCUGUACUGUCUUUUUCCUCUAUAGAGAAAAUAUCUCUGUCGUGAAAUUGAUGUCAUGGUAAUGAGUGUCAGCUUCAACUGCCUGAACCCUGUAAUUGUGUCUGUGUAGGUCUAGGGAUGUACGAGAGUCCUCUGUUCCUGGCCGCUCACGAAGAGGAGUCUGGAGGGAGGAGUGUUCCUACCACGCCCUUACAGGUUGCUGCCCCGGUGACGCUCUUCAAUGAGUCCCACCCCUCUGAUGCCCAGGACAUGGCGUCCCAGUCUGUUCCCAUGGUGACGACAUCCACGAGUCACCACGGGCUGGCAGUGCCCGGCGGAGAGGCUGUCCCAGGAGAUGACGGGGACGAGGUGUUCAUGGAGGCAGACAGUGAAGGGUGAGAAAUGGUGGUUGUGUGUGUGUGUGGGGGGGAGGGAGGGUGUAUCCGUGUGUGUAUUUGUGUUGCUCAUUCACACUUUUCUUUCCUCUUAGUACGAGUGGUGAAGCGUCCAUGGAGAGCCAGGCUGAGAUGGACUCUGCUCAGCCGUCAGACGAUGCCAGUCUGCCCUCCACAAGCCAGGAGCCCACCUCCAGCUCCGCCGGUCUGUACAGCUGUCCCUCUCUCACACGUUCUCUGUCUCACUGUCUCUCUUGUUGUUCUCUACACCUCAACCUUCUCUCAUCCCUGGUUAUAACCUCUUUGUCUCUCUCUUUCUUCUCUCAUUCUAUCGCUCCCUCUCUCUCUUUUCACAGACACCAGCAGUGGUGUGCAGCCCAAGCCCUCAGGCCGCCCCAUGGCCCAGCACCCUCUGCCCAUGAGGACAGCCAACAGGGGCAGGGCACUCAUCCGCAGAGGAGGUGAGCUUUCAUCUACAUUGAAUGGCCACUUAACCCAGAACAACAUGUUAUAA